AUGGCCCAGCUGAGACAGUUUCUCACAGAGAUUUUCGACCACUACCUUGUGGAAAGGAAGGGAAGCAUCGUGGGUCACAAUGUCGAAGGCGAUGUCAAGUGGAUAAGAGGACUUGGCGUGGAAUUGGACAAUAAGAGCGUAGUCGAUACAGAGAAGUUAUUCCACAUAUCACGCUCACGAGGCGCCUCGCUUCGUGGGAUUCUUCGUGUGCUAGGAAUCCCCCAUGCUAACCUUCACAACGCCGCCAACGACGCCUACUAUACCUUGCUAGCCUCUUUUGCUCUUUGUGACCCAGUGCAAAGGCAGCAGCUCAACCUCGACUGUUUCAUGAGAGACCUCACGCCGGUGUCUAAAUCACGGGCAAAGCUCGAGAAGAGAUCAGAAAAAUUCAUACAUAGAGUCAGGGUCGAGACUAGUCUACCUAGGUUUGCUGACUUCAGGGACUCUGUGCUGGUGUUCAACGACGAAAUACAGCUGCGAAGUGAAGAGUACAAUGGGAACGACGAAGCAGUGCCCACGGCGGGGGAGUCUGAAAAGCAACCCAAUGACGUAACGACGAAGGAAGGCGUGGCAACCAAAGAAUCCAGUGAGUAG